AUGGAGAAUAAGACCGAGAAUGCCGCUUCUGUGAGCUCUGCGAGCACUGGCGCCGUGCCGGAACAGCCGAAAGCUUUGGUAUAUCUGAUAAUUCGGAGGCUUUGCACAUGAAAAUUGACUUUUCAGAACGGAAUCGUCGCGGCCCUGCCGAUCGCGGAUGCCUCCGUCGCUGUCGAGGAGAAGAAGGACAUCUACGUGAGUUUCCACACCGUUUGCACCCCCAGCAUGAUACUUUCAGGACGUCAUGCUCGAGCUCGCGGUCCAGUACGCCGAGGACACCGAUCCGGCCAACCAAAAGAAGUAG